CCACAAAUUACAGUCCAUGGACGACAGAGCCACCGAACCACCGCCGCGAGUCUAAAAUCCUCAGAGCUCCUAAAAAUGGAGAACGCCACAAUUCUCACGAUUGCGGAACUUGUCCACGAAGGCCGAGCCGUCACCGGUUCAUCGUCGCUAUUCUUCUCCGCUGCUACACCGACUCCUCACUCGUCUUCCGAAUCACGUCCCGGUGCCGUCGAUUCAGACUCUAGCCGUAAGUUUCUCGAGCCACUGAACCACCCAGCGGUUAUCGUCGGGACGUUAGCUCUUCCUUCCGAAACCCUAAAAUGUCCGAAUCGCUAUUGCUUUCGAUUCUCAGACGGUGAUUUGACAAUCUGCUGUGAUAUACUUAGAUUCGAAAUUCGCGCGAUUGGGAGUAAGAUUUGUGUUCUAUCUUGGAAUUUCCUUCCUAUGAAGCAUUCCGGUGGAUUUUUGGAGAUUAUUAAGUGGAAAUUUGUGGAUAUUGAUAAUUCGGUUUCUCGGUGUUCGUUUCCAUUGAUUCCUUCGUUGUAUUCACCGCAAAACGUUGACCGUAAGUCGCGAUAUAGCGUCUGUGGUGUGUUAGAGUCUAUCAGCCCUGUGUCUGUUGUUCCUUGUCAGGAUGGGGUUUCAAGUGAUUCUGUAAAUCUUCCUGGGUUCUUAGUACAUGUUAUGGCUUGUGAGUGUAAAGAGUAUAGCCGGGAUGCGAUUGAUUGCGGUCACGCUUUUGAGAAGUCUGUUUUUGUUUACUUUUGUGGUUCAAUGGCUGCGAGUUGGCACCCUGCGAUAACGAAGUUAGUUGGGAGUAAUGUUGCUUUUUCCGGGUUGAAAAGGAAGUUGGUUUAUGUAAGAGGUGAUUCUCUGUUGGUGUUUGUGACGACUGAGAAUUCUGUUCUUCAUCCACCUUGGUUAUCGAAGAAACAGACAGUUUUGAAAGCUGGUGUUGAUAGGAGAGGUAACUGCGGUUCCUACCUUGGAUUUGUCAGAGGUUUGUACAUGAGAGGAAAGCUUGUUGAGAUGGAUGAAGAUGUCUGGCUUUUAUUGACGGAUCAGAUACACAACAGAUCACACAGUAUCCGAACUGGUUCUCUUAUUUUUAUCAGAAAUGUUCAUUUUGUGAAUACCAAGUUUUCUUGGGGAGAAGUGCUUAUACUUGGGGCAUGUUUCAAGACCAGCAUCACAGUUGAGUUUUUUUCACCUUUUGAAACGAGGACAUUACUUGUUAGAUCGUGCUUCCAGAAAUUUGACGGAAUGCCAUCAGACAAGGAAAUCUUAAGAUCCUGUCAGAAGGAUGAACUGACAAAGAUUUAUGCAGAGUCACGAAUACCACCAUCCAUGUUUCAACCUAGGGGCGGGAUCUUUACUGAAUUCUGCAUGCAUGAGUCAUGCGAAUGCAAUUGUGAAGCUCGUGAUUGCAACCUAAAACUGGUAAUGCCUAUCUCAAGUUUUGUCCACCACAUCAAGGUCAUGCUGAAUGAAUUGCUUUCUCAGAUUAAAAAAGACUUUAGUGCUAGUGAUUGCUUAAGUGAUUCACCGUCAACAUGGAAAAGAUACAAUCAUACAAACACGAAGACUUUUAGAAGUGAGGUUACUAGUGUCAUCUUGCUUGGAAGAUUGAAGAUCUCAUCUUCUGGAAGACUACAAUUGCAUGACAGAACUAGCAGUAUUGAUGUUCUGACUCCAGACUUUCUAAGUGAUAUAAAUGCGAUCAGGAUAUGUGAGGUUUCUGAUUACUUUAUUAUUAUGGAAGGAAUACCUGAAUCGAUGCUCCACAUGCCGUUUCUUCAAAAUCCCCUUCGCUGUAGAAGUGUGGUUAAUCCCACUCCAUUGGCCAUAGAAAACACCUUGACAGUGCGUUUUUCUUUAUCGCUUGGUACUGCAAGUUGCAAACAUGUUCUCGAGCACCAUCCUCUUGACUGGAGGCAUGAUCUCAAUGAGUUCAAUGAGGGGAUGUUUCAUCUAUUUAGGGUGACCCACAAAUUUCCAAUAUUAAAAAAUGGUCACCCAGGAAUGCCUGACUGUACUAGUGCAUUCAUCGAGGCUUUAGUCCUUCCGUGGGAACUGAUUUGCACUGUGACUGAAGAAGACGCAGCAGCUGCUCCCUAUUUUGAAGAACAUGAUACUUCCCAAGAAAUACGUCCACAUAAGAGAUGUAAAACUAAUAAUGAAUUAGAAAGGCAAAGAGCAUUAUCUGUGCCGCAUGAAAUUUCUUGCCAGAUGACCAUCAGAUGUGCUAAUAGUCACUGUUUGGUUACAGCAGCAACUCUUCUAAAUUUGAGGGAGAACAAAAGUGGUAACAUGCACAGUACGAAGCGUGUGCUCUUAGAAUUCAUACCUGAGUGCAGUAACUAUUAUGCUUUACAGAUUGGCGGUUGCUAUUUGAUGAAGCAUGGCACUGAUGAUUCUUUUUGUGUUGGACGGUCUGGCAUAUCUAACAAUGACAAAAUCAGUUUUAGACCUGAAACACGUUUAUGGAGUGUGGAAUUUUCUUUUGAUGAAGUUCUCACCCAUGAUGGAUCUGUGGAUGUAUAUCCUCUUGUGUCUUCUCAACCAUCUCUUGCGGUGGAACAACAAAAUGAUUCUAGUUCACAACCUUGUUCAGAUGUUUCACUUCUUCUCCCUUAUGAUGCAAAAGGACUCUUUUCAGUAUUUCUCAAAGACUUGGAAGAACUUAAUAAGCCAUUGGCAGCUGGGAAGGACAAUAAUAAUAUUGCAUGCUGUACUCAGUCGGAGAAGAUAGUGCAUGCAGAGCCGUCUCGAGUACCUCCUUCCAACAGCUUGUUUCCUGAAGGAAAUCUAGCGACUUUCAGAGGCGACAUAGUAGCAGUUGACGCUGUUACCUCUUCUGUCGUUGAUGUUUCAAGCAGCUAUUGCAUUAAUGUUCUAGUCAAUCAUCAAAUUGUGAAGAUAUUUGGUCCACUUAGAAGGCAUUCAUAUCUCACUGGAUUCGGCCCUGGGGCGAGUGCAACAUUCUACCGGAUUCUUGGAACAGGAGAGGAAAACAGGUUUGUGUUGACAUCAGCAUCGUUUGUCAAGAUAAACUCACGAAAGACAUUGGAUGGUCCGCAGUUAGAGAAACUGACUCACCGAGCUGCUUUGUGUCUGCCCAAAAUUACACAUCAGGAAUACGUACCUUGCAUUCUUGCUGGUCCUGCUUGUAAUUCAUUCUCAGAAAACAAGGAUAAUCAGCAAAUAAAGUUUGCCUGCAAGGUUCUUUCAGUUUAUCUUCUGGUUCUCCAAACGAGAUCUGAUGAUCCGUCAGAAAACGAAUGUAGGAACAAUAUUGAUAUACCACUUGCAGGAUUUGUGGUUGAUGAUGGAUCAUCAAUUUAUCUUUGCUGGACGAGUGGGGAAAGAGCGUUUACAAUUCUUAGGCUGCACGAAGAGUUGCCUGAAGAAGCCAUUGAUGUGGCACAGUGGAUUAGAAGAGACAGCAGCCGGGGCACCGCAGCUUACCAUCUUGAACAAAUUGUUCGGGUUCACAAGAGAAUAGUUAUGAAGUGCAAUGGAUCACAGAUUGACGCACUCUUUCAAGACAUCACCAUUGCUGUUACUUCAGAUCAACUUCUCACCAAGUCAGAGGAUAAGUUCCUCAAGUGGUUGAUCCUAAAUGCCAUUAGCGGCCCCAUAUGGGAAGUUGCCACGAGCUCAAUGGACAUGAAAAUGAUUGAGCAUUUGGAGAGGGAACAGUGUGUGGAAAUAGAGACAUCAAGACAUAAUCUGCAGAGCGUUUGGGGUAAUGAAGUAUGCCAAGUGGAUCCGUUGGUUCGAGCUUGGAGCUUACUCCAAGACCCGACUUUCAACGACGACGUUUUGGGUCUCAUCGACGGCAGAUCCGAAGACUACGAUCCCUGCAACUGGGUCGGUUGCACAUGCGACCCUGCCUCCAACCGGGUCUCGGAGCUCCGACUUGACGCCUUCUCUCUCUCCGGUCACAUCGGCCGUGGCCUUCUCCGUCUCCAGUUCCUCCACACCUUGGUCCUCUCCAACAACAACCUCACCGGAACCCUAAACCCCGAGUUCCCUCACCUCGGCAGCCUCCAAGUCGUCGAUUUCAGCGGCAAUAGUCUCUCGGGUCGGAUCCCAGACGGGUUCUUCGAGCAAUGCGGGUCCUUGAGAUGGAAGAAGAGACGGUGGUGGAACAGAGGAGGAAUCGUCAGGUUCACGGCGGUGGAAGUUACGGUGACAACCACAAGCUGCACACUUGUGAAGUUGGAUCGGAAGGCGAUUGUUGUGGACGUUUGGAUGCUACCAGUGAUGGUUACUAUUGCAAAACCUGUGAUUUUUUCGUCCACAAGAAAUGUGGCGACGAGUGCUCCAAAUUUAUCGAACACCCAGAUCUGUAACUUCGAUGUGGAUCUACAUUGUGCCAAGUACCCACCACCAGAGGUCAUUGAAGUUUCCGAGACGCAUCACCACAAGCUCACCCUUUUCAAGGAACAAAUCGAGUUUGUUUGUGAUGCUAAAUGUGGGAUGAUUGGUAAUGGGUUUCCGUACAAAUGUCAUGAAUGUGGUAUAUCCUUCCAUAUGGAUUGCGUAUGGAAUCCGUCGGAGGUAAAACAUCCCUUAGAGAUAAACCACUCUUUCCAUUCCUCGCACCCUCUUAAGCUCCUGACGGGUCAACCACCGGACUAUUGUGAUGGAAAAUGUCGUCUUUGCGGAAGAAAGAUUGAUGAGAUGUUUUAUCAUUGUUCUUCGUGUAAUUUCACCUUGGAUAUGCAUUGUGUUUUAAACCCACCACCGCAAUCAUUUCUGGAUUUGAAAGCUCAUGAUCACCAACUCGCUCUUCUCCCAAGACUCAUUUCGUUUACAUGGCUCAUGCCAACAAGCAUAGUAGAGGUUUUAAGCAGAUCAUUUGCGGUGGUGCUCAAUAAUAGUGUAUACCGUCCAUUUUGCGGAUGGUGUAAGACGCAUUGCUUGUACCCUAUCAUGUUGAAGAUGCUUGGAACCUCGGAUACAUACAUUUGCUCUAGUGAUUGCCUUUUUAACGUGCUAGAUCCUAUCAACGGAGUGGAUAAAGAACUUUGAAGCCAAACAGUGCAAUAAAGCACGUGAAGCCAAAGAAGAUAGUCUUAAUAAAAUUUCAGAACUUCA